GGCCGUGUUGUGAUGCAGUGAAGCACUGUCAGGAGUUCCGGUCGGCCCCGUCCGAGGAAGUCAGUCUCUCUCUGACCCCUGAGUAGUGCAGUUUGCUGAAGACCACCUCGCCAUUUCCUAGUGCCACGUAAGGACUCGCAAAGAUUCUUAAACAAGGUUCCAGUAACAUCAACUCAUCCCAUCAGAACAACAAGUCUGCCAGGAUGUUCACCUAUGACCACAGGAACCAAGAAAAAUGCGAGAAACUACAUCCUGAGUAACAGUAGCAGAAGUAACAGUAACAGUUGCAGUUAGUAGCAGUAACAGUAGCAUCAACACCAACUUGUGAGGAGGCCCACCACUGCAAGGACUUCAACUUCACCAUGAACAACACUGGGCUCUGCAGCAUCUCCGAGCCGUCGGUCAUGCGGGAGAAUUACCCUAAACCAUUAGACGGCGUGUGGCACCUCGACCUCUACGAAGUUCUGAAAGUGCUACUGAUGGGGUCGGUGGUCCUGGUGUCGGUGAUGGGUAACUUGAUGGUGAUGGUGGUGGUAUACGUGAACAACUUCCUCCACUCCACCAUUAACUACUACCUCGUUAACCUUGCCGUCGCCGACCUGCUCAUCACGGCGUUCUGUUGGCCCACCAUCGUCAACCGCAUCACCACUCCACUCUACCUCCUGGGACGUGCAAUGUGUAGGAUCAGCGUCUUGACACAAGCUACGUGCGUGACGGUGUCGGUGUUGACCCUGGCUGUGGUGGCGUGUGACCGGGUGUACGCAGUGCUGCUCCCCAUCAGGGCCCGCAGUGCCUCUUCCCGGCCCCUCACUCUCAUCAUCAUCCUCUGGCUCUUUUCCUUCGCCAUCUCCUUCCCAUUUCACCCUGUUGUAUCCUUCCUCACCUUGGCCUCUUACAGCAAUCAAUGGAACGACUUGCUGGAGGAGAGUUGUGGAGACGUACUCUUCUCUUGCAACCCCUCCUACCGCUCUGUCUUCAAUUUCUACAAAAUAAUGCUGAUGGUGACGUUAUUCUUCGUGCCGGUGGUGGUGAUGACACUCGCUUACACUAUCAUCAUCUUCCGUCUAUGGUGUGUCAGAAGAGGACCCCUGACUGACCUCGCCUCCACCCCUGAGCCUCACAUCAAUGCCAGGCGCAAGAUUGUGAGGAUGACAGCCACGGUCCUUCUGACGUUUACCAUCUGCUGGCUGCCCCUUCACGCCCUCUCCAUAUACGACCUCACAGUGGAUCCUAUCGAUAACUACGCACUGCCGGGGUGGUUCGAGCCCGCACUCUUCUGGGCCUACUUCCUCGGCUAUAGCAACUCGGCCCUCAACCCAAUCCUCUAUGGUGGCUUCAGCGAAAACUUCAGGCUAGGCUUCAGGAAGCUCCUGGGUCGUCGCCAGACAGCAUCAGGAUUCCUUGGAGGUAACGGUUCCAGGACGGCUUCAACCUACUUCACUCGCAACAAUGCCUCACGCAAGACCUCCGAUUCCCUCUCCCGCCAGACCUCCAAUUCCCUUUCGCGCAAGAUCUCCAACUCACUUUCACGUCAAAUCUCCAACACAGUUCCUCAACUGACCUCCAACACAGACACCCAGCAGACCUCCGACACCAUCUCACAUUAGACAUCCAGCAUAGUCUCCAAACACGGCUCAUAUAGGUGGCACUGUAGGUGGCACUUGCCGAGUUAGGGUUCGGUAGUGCCUUAUGAAGAGAGGAAAGUGACAAGAGACAGGUAGACUCCACGAAUCAAUACAGUGACUAUGAGAAUGGUAAUACUCUGUGAACUGCGGCGCCGAGGGAAGUGGCAAGAAUCAUUAGAACCCCGUGAAAGAGAAGUGUGACAAACUUUUUGAGGGUAACAAUGAACCACCUAGAGAGGAAGUGAAGACACUGGCGCGCUAACUACUAACAACAGUAACAUCAACAGAAACAACAACAGCAAUAACAACAAACAAACACACAUUGUUGAACAGCAGUAAACAGUCCAUUCUUGAAAAUCUGCCUUCUAUCGAAGUGAACAGUGAUGAACAGUCAGCGAACAAUAAAGAGACACUGGUUGACUGGAUACAACUCACCAGGAACUGACAAGUGGAUGAAUUCGAGUGUGUAAGGUGGAUGACCUUUGUACCACCAACGAUGGAUGAGAAUACAGCUACACUGCUACAGUCAUUUGAUUGUUGAUGUAGCCUGUAGGUCACAAGGGGGUGGAAAAUAAUGUUUGGAUGACAAUGUGUUACCAGUGUAUAACCAUA